GAGAGAGAGAGAGAGUCCAUAGACCAUGAAUCAUCAUCACCAUAUAUGUAACUACAUUCUCACCUCAAUCGAGAGUAUGGCUCUAGAUCAUUCAAAAUAGUAUAAUCCUCUAUAUGGAUUAUUAACCCCUGAAAAGUAGUACAACGCAUGGUGGUCGAGUGAUUUAGUUAGUUCCCUCUUAUUCUCAUCUAGAACAACCCUUGUUAUAUGUUGGAUAGUCGGGGGUGGAUGGCAGUGUCCCUUUAUAUUUGCAAAGAGAUUAAAUUGUAAACCACUCAACUAAAAAUCCGGCAAACUUUCAAUGAAUUCUCUUAAAUGAAGCUGAGCACAAAUAGUAGGCUGGUAGAGCAAGGUUCUUGCAUGUAAGGUGUAUAUAUAGCACACAGGUCCGAUGUCAUCUUAAUCAUCCAAAAAUACACAAGAGAAAAUUAAAGGGUACGAAAAACGUUGUGUAUUUAAUUAGUCAUACGGUAUUUACUUCAAUCCUCAAGUUUGAACAGUCUUGAAAUAAAUAAUAAUAAACUCAUAAUAUUACAUAACGUUUGAUGUUUAUUUUUUUGUCACCGUUUAAUGUUUGUUGUUCGCUUAAUGAGCUUCACAUUAUUUUACUAUUAAAAAGGUUUCAAUAGUGCAUAUGUCCCUAAAGCAAUUCACAGCUUUAAUCCUUUUUCUUGGGUCGUGGGAUCUUUCGACUUUGCCUUUAGCUUUCUAUAAUUAAAGAGUUUUUUUCUGACAAAAAAAGUUGUGUUUAAAAUUUCGACAAAACCAGCGUAUCUUUUGUUUCCAAAGAGAAUUGAACCAAACCGAAGAUCAAAAUCAGUAACUAUAAUGUACUUGCAAGUGACCAGUUAGUUCCAUUUGUCUACAACUGAAUAAACCAAACUAGUUUUAAACGAAUCAAAUUUUCUUGAUUUUUUUUUUAAUAUAUUACAUAAUGAUAUAACUAUAUUUUUUUAUUUUGUAUGAAUAUAUCGUUUUCCUUUUUGCAUGGCAACAUAUACUAGGUUUAAUAUCCAAACAAUUGAAAUGGUAAAAUUGAAAAUGCGUAUAUAUACAUUUAUCAACUUUUCAUCAACAGAAAGUAAAAAUUAACGUUAAAAACUAAUUAAUAGUAUCGCCAUAUUAAUUGUCCUUUAAAAAAAAAAGACAGUAUCGGCCAUGUUCAUUCGACAGUUUAUAAUAACAAUAAUAAUAUACGUUUGUAUGUAGAAACGCGCAUUCACAUUUGAAACUCUUUUUAGAAUAAUGUGUGAUUUUUGUUCGGUUAAAAUACCUUAACUACUGUUGACAAAAAAAAUCAACCUUAACUACUUAUUGGCCAAAAAUAACUUUAGUAUUGUCAAAUUAAGAUAUGGGUUCGUUAUGUAACGACAACUUAUAAUAUGACAAUUAAUCUUUGUGUUGCUUCCAAAACAUAUGUUUCCAAGAGACAGGAUCACGGUUGUUUCGCUUUAAUAUAUAAGAACUCUGUAGAAAUUUUUGCAAAUAGGUAUUUUUAUGCAAUUGUGUGUAUUUUAUUGUCUUAAAUUUUGUUGGUAUUAUAUUUUUAUGAUAGAUUGGCCAUUGGUCGUUCAAAUACUUUUACAAGUUAACUGACUUUUCCAAGAUUUUCCCAUCUACCAAAUUGUAUACUUCCUUGGCAAGAAAGUGAGAUAAGAGCUUCUUAAAAUUUUAUCCCAAAUCUCAUUUUACUUUAUUGACCACAGUGCUAACCACACUGUCACACAAAAUAUUUGGCAUUUGGCACAUAAAUUUUGUUUCUUGACGAGACCCGGUUCAUGUAUUAAGUUCUCUUUCACAUACGGACUUACACACUCAAGCCUACGCUUGCAGCAGAUAAGAAAUCUGUCUUUAGAUAAAUAAAUAGGACUGUGCCUUUUGACGUAUUGAACUAUCCGAAUUUAUAAUUUGAAUUUGAUAUAUACUACAUGUGAAAGAUUUUUCAAUGCUUUUAGAAGAUUUGGUCCAGAAAAUAAAUCUUUUGUAGACAAUUGAUUUAAUGAAUAUAAUAGAGUAUAAUUAUUAUCAUUAUACCAAAAAGUACGUAAUUUAUUGAAUGUUAAGACUAAAGAAUUUUGUAAACUAUCCUAAGUAUUCACUUAUUGCUUGGUUGGCGGCUCUGAACAGACUAGCAACUGGGGACCGAAUGGGCAAGUGGUCCACACAAGCUGACACGUCAUGCAUUCUCUGCAGAGCUCCAAUAGAAACCAGAAAUCAUAUUUUCUUCGAGUGUAGCUCAUCAGCAGUAUGGAAGGGCUUGUCGCUGAAGCUUAUGGAUAUACACUACUCAAACGAAUGGAACAAGAUUCUAAGGUUUAUGCUAGAUGGUUCAAGGAAUAAGACUGUCCUUUUUCUCAUUCGCUCAGUUUUUCAGACACCUAUACACUACUUGUGGAGAGAACGCAAUGGUAGGCGACAUGGAGAGCAGAGUGUCCCUUCAGCUCGACUUCAAAUGGCCAUAUAUAGACAAGCAAAUUCGGAAUCAAAUAUCCUCAAGCCGGAUAAAUGGAAGUACGAGAUAUGCAAAAGCUAUGGAAGGGUGGUUUGCCACAAGAUAAACUUUAACCAUUUCAGAUCAUAGAGAAUAGUUUUCUUGUUUUUAGAAUUAAAAAUUUUAAAACAGAGACACAGUCAUUGUAAAGCAGUUUUUUUUAUUUGAAUCUAAUUUAACAUUCUUUAAAAAAAAAUAAAAAAAUUGUAAACUAUGAAUUCAAAUGCGAUAAAAAGAAACUUGGGAGUUGUUUUUGGUUAAACAGCAUAAUAUAAGUAGUUUUGAAGUAUAUGCAUGUGUCGCGUUAAUUUGGAUUCGAAGAACUAUUUUAUAUACAGACCGAUAUAGAAGUAAACCAUGCAUUGAAUUUCAAUUUACAACUAUUUAACUACGGAAUAUCUUCUUUAAUUUUUCUUUACAUCAAUCUACGAAAUAUCUAUGUGGCGAAACAGUAAUAUAACAUGGAAUUUUUAGCUUUGUCUUAUCUCCUACACUCGUUGACAAUGUCACGUAAAUAUAGAAAUGAAUUUUAUAUACGAUGUGCUGCUACUUAUAUGGAAACCUUAUAGUUUAUACGACUGUUUAUAUAGUCAACGAGAUAAACAAAAAGUUGGUAAAUGUUUGGUUUUAAUUUGACAGUGUGAAUCAAGCCUGAACAUUGACCCUUUUAUCCAUGAUAGUAAUUAACGGUUUAGUAAUUAAGUAUAUUAUCGAGAUCUUAUGUGAGAGUGAAAUCUCAUUAUUAAAAUUACAAUAAACGUUUUCUCCAGCUGAAGGAAACUUCGUUUUAUGUUUCUUCUAAUUUGUCGUGAUAUAUCCCCUCAUUCUUUUGAAGACAAACAAAGAUUCUAAUAUAAUCCACUUUCUAGUUUAUGUGUUCCUUACGCUAUCGAAUAAAUGUUUUGAAACCUCGAGAGAAGAUCAGAGAAAUGAAUUAAUUUUAAAGCUAUUGAAUUACGUUAGAAUGUACAUUAUUUUGCAGAUCUUGUAUUAAAUGAUCAUCUAACUGCGGAGCUAGUUCACAAUUAGGAGGGUCAAUUGAUCUAUUUGAAUGUUAUCUUUAUAUGCUUAUAUUAUUAAUAUUUAAUAGAUAAUUUGUUUGAGAUAGAUAAAUCUGAGUCUCAUCAAUAAAAUUUAAUAUUUCCUUUGCACCAUAUUUGAUCAUUUCUUUAUUUUUGUUUUUGCUUUUCAUAUGUUCAUGUACAAUGUUUUGAAUUUCCCGUCUCUUGUAUAUUAAUCUUAGUUUUUUUCUUCCAUAGAUUAUUUAAUCUGUCUUUCAUCUAAAAUUACAGUUCCAUGAGUUUACAUUAUUACGUAACAAAAAAACAGGUGUUCCAAAAAAAAAAACGUAACAAAAAAGCAAUAUAAAGAUAACGGUAAUUCCAUUAAUCAUUUUGAUUUAAGACAAAAUGAAUAUUUGUGACUUUAUUUAUUUUGGGAGUGUUGAAUUUACGCAAGUGGUUAUAUGGCUUGGUUAGGAGAAUUAAGAAGAGCAAUAUUCAUUUGAAUUCAAAUGGAGGACAGAGAGAGAACGAGUCGGCUUUGAUCAUCAAUGAGACAUUGAAGCAGGUAGAGUCGUCUUUGAAUGCGGUGGAAGCAAUCACAAAAUGGUAAGAACAAGAUUCCAAUUUUGAUGAAGAUUGCAAUGAGAACAUGAUUUAGCAUAAUACAAUUAAAUAUUACUUAUAUAUACUACUCACGAAAAGUAGUUAACCUUUUGAAUUUAUUAUCAUUAGGCGAAAAUUUCACUGUAAGUUUUAACCUUUUUCAUAUCAAACUAUAGGUUUUAACCAAAAUAGCAGAAUAUAUAUAUAUAUAUAUAGGAAAUAUUCAAAAAUUAUCAUAUAUUCAUUUGAAAAUGUGGGUUUUAAUUCUCUCUUUUUUUUAGCAAUUUUCUUAAAAAAGUAUAAUUUCGAUAAGAUUAAUAAGGUUUUAAAAUUAUAUACUAUAAGUUGCAUUAUACAUGUAAAAGUACGUAACAAUUCAGCUAGAGUUCUUAUAAGGAAAUAUAUGCAUUUCCGUUUUUAGCAGCGCUAGGGAAAAUAUCCUAUACGUCAACACACAACGAAAUCCAUAACAAAGAUACAUAGGUAUUUAAUUUUUUAUAUAAACAUUCUUUCUUUGAGAAUCAUUCACCACGAAUUGCUUUGCGAACGCCAUGACAUAUAUCAUAUUAUCAAUACCUAACCUUGGUUUGGUUAUUCAACCUAUUUGUUGUAUGACUCAUAUAUUGUAGACUUGUCACACACUAUUAAAAAUAAUAUUUACAUUAAAUUCUGACGAAUGCAUAUAACUUUAGUAAUGUGAUGGCUCCUUUGCACACAUGUUGUGUAUAUAUAUACAUACAAACUAGAACGUAGAGAGCUACCAGAUCUUCAAUAAUCUUCAAGAAAUUAGGGUUGUUGAAUAGAAGAUAUAUAACCAAAAUGGGAAGAUCACCGUGUUGCGAUCAAGACAAAGGCGUGAAGAAGGGACCGUGGGUGCCCGAAGAAGAUGAUAAGCUCACGGCUUAUAUAGAGAAGAAUGGUUAUGGGAAUUGGCGGUCGCUUCCUAAGCUCGCUGGACUUAACCGUUGCGGCAAGAGCUGCCGGCUCCGGUGGAUGAAUUAUCUACGGCCUGAUAUCCGGCGAGGCGAGUUCUCCGAUGAAGAAGAGAGUACUAUCGUUAGACUCCAUGCCCUUCUUGGCAACAAAUGGUCGAAGAUUGCGAGUCAUCUUCCAGGAAGAACUGACAACGAAAUCAAAAACUAUUGGAACACUCAUAUGCGGAAGAAGAUGUUGCAAAUGGGUAUUGAUCCAAUCACGCAUGAGCCAAGAACCAACGAUCUUAGCCCUAUCCUCGACGUUUCUCAAAUACUCGCGGCGGCUAUUGGCAACGGCCAAUUUGGUAGCAGUAACCUCAUCAACAACAACAUUGCUUUGGAAGAUCUUCUCAAACUCCAACUGAUCCAUAAGAUGCUUCAAAUCAUAACCCCCAAAGCCAUACCAAACAUCACCAGCUCUACCAAUUCAUUGAAUCCUAAACUGGAUUCAGUAGUCAAUAGCUUCACUACCAAUUCAGUGAAUCCUAAACCGGAGCAGGCGGCUAUACAACUGAAUGCUAAUGAACCACAUGAUUUUAUAAACCAAAGUGCAAAUGAAGAUUUCAUGAUGCCACCGUUUGAAAAUAUUUGGGAUAGUUUUGAAGAUAACCAGCUUCCUGGUUUGGUUACGGUUUCUCAGAAAAAUCUAAAUUCAGGAACCGGAAUGAUGCCGGGUUAUUAUGGUGAUCAAUUAAGUGAGAUCCCAUCUAAUGGUUCGAUAUCGGUUUCUCCUGAAACAUCCGGCUUGAAUUAUCCCGGUACGACUCAACACUUAACCGGUUCGGAUGUCCUGGAGGAUUGGGAGAAGUUCCUUGAUGAUGAAACAAGUGACUCUUGCUGGAAAAGUUUCUUAGACUUAACGUCGCCCACAUCGUCACCCGGCCCGUGGUAGAACUGGAUAUUUUUCUUCCAAGUCGUAUAUUUUUAGUUUUAAAGAAAAUUCAUAUACAGAAACGUUCGAUUAAUAUUAUUUAUUAUUCUUUUGUAACAAAAUUAUUGAUUUAUAUGUUUGUAUCUCUUUUCUUAUAGGAAAAAUGGUUGUAUUGUAUUUCUUCUAUAUGGUUUGUUUGUUUGUUGCGUAAAGAAACACAUUGUAAUCGCAUUUCUAUAUUUAAUCACAUUUCCGAGUGAUAUUUUGGUUAAAACAUAUGAUGAGUCUAACUAUAUACUAACAAAAUCAAAUUCCCUAAUCAGUAACAGUAUAUUGACUGAGGAACAUUGCCCAAAAAAACAUAUUAUGCCAUUGAAAAUAAUAAAACUAAGGAUCUGGAUUAGUAAUUAUACAAAAUCAUUACUUGAUCUACAAGUCAUCUACGAAUAUAACAACACCUUUGUUCUACACUCUUGAUUAUCAUUUAAAUUGAUAUGAAGUGAAUUCCUCUUUAUAAUAUAAAAUAUACAUUACAUUAGAUUUGCUUACCUUAAUCCAUUUUAAAAAUUUGGUACUAACACAUAAAAAAAAGCAAUUUUCUAACUUGAAAACCAUUAACAAGUCAUCAAAACAAACUCAUUAAACUUCAGUUCACUCAUACUUAAAAGGAUCUUUGUCGGAACAUCAGUGGUCGAAGCGGUUUGAUCAGAUAUAGCUGCGGUGGAGGUGGCCUAGACCUUCAAGCAUUCUGACAGUUCUGCCGUUUCAUCCAAAUAGUAUUUAGCUUUUCUUGUUUUUGUCCAACGGUGCAAGCAAAUAUCUCAGCCACUGCAGCCAAACCAAGAUCAUCACAUGAAGAAAACCAUUCGGUUAGUGUCUUUCUGUCUUUCCCACUGACUAGAAACACUAUAUUCUUGGGAUCACUAAACAGACUUUUCAAGGUUUGGAUCGUUUCAUUGCUAGAUGUUGUCCUAAUGGACCCUGGCUGCACCAUUUUGCCAUAAUAAUCCACAAGAAUGGCUCUGUUCUUAGUCCUCUUAUAAGCAGAGACAGUGUGCUCAACGGAAAGCUUUUUAAAGCUUGGAUCAAGUGACAAAAUUCUGAAGCCUAAACCCAAAACCUAUCCCCCAACACCUCUUCUUCACUUAAUCCCCCACAAGCCCUUUCAAGAUUCUGUAUAAAGCUGCGAGCCCAAUGCGCAACAUACUUGUGUAUUGCUCGUGACGCAUUUGCUUCUCUACUUUUGAAAGUAUCAAUGCAUAGCUCAUUGCUUCAGUCACUGCAUCUAUGUUCCAUGGAUUUACCCUACUUGCACCGGUAUACCAAAUAUUUCGUUUAUCCUUUUGACCGUGGUUUCAGUUUCAGACUGCACCUCUUGAACAUCUUUCCCACGUCCCCUUGCAGGUUUUACGAUCUGUACAAGCACAACAUGACCUCUCUCUCAGGAUGUUGUUGGAGAAACUGCUCCAUUGCCAAAGAACGGAAGCCAAUCAAAUCAGCGUUGAGGAGAGCUCUUAAGAGCUAGCUCGUUUCUCACUGGAAGAGGAUGGUAAAUCUCUGAAGCAGGGAAACGGAUAUCGAGGAAGAAACCAAGGUUCACUCUAUUAAGAGUAUACCAUUAAGUGAUAGACAUGAACACAUACAAAACUAGAUAAUUAAUCCUUAGAAGUAUAAGUUGCAAAAGAUUAGGAUUUUCCUAUUAAGGUCUACACUUGAUGUAAAAUGGCUUUUUUGAUGAAUACAAAUUUAACAUUCAUUCAGAAAAAAAAAAAAAAAAAAAAAAAA